UUUCGUGCUUAGCACCAAAUAUUAGCAAAAUAUAUAUAGUCAGUAAUUCUCCUUGUUGCAAGGCUCACUCAUAGAGGAGUAGAGAGAGUCCUACCGCAAGCAAGCAAGCCAGUCAGAAAGAGAGGCAUUCAGUGAAACGAAACAAAUGUGAGCCGUUUAAAGUUGUUGAAAUUUCGUAGAGAUGCUAAAUAGUGAAAACAAAAGGUGAGAAGAGAAUUGUGCCCCACACACCCCUCAAGUGUUGUUUGUCAAGCAAUGAGAAUCGAAAAGCGUUAGUGUUGAACCAGCCGGCUGAAAAAUAAAUUAGAAGAAAAAUACAGUGAAAAAAAAAUAACGUGAAAUAAACUGCCUAUCGAAAACCCCUCGCAAAACAAAAAUCGCUUCAUUGAUGCGUGUGCACUAAAAUGGCCUCAUCUCCUACGCCAUCGCUAGAGUCAUUACCCGGUGCAUCAAACUCGAUUGGUUCGUACGGUGAGCCUACAGACUAUCUAUCGGACUCGCCCUUGACCACACUAAGCGGUUCGGCAACCGGAUCAUCUCCCCCGGCCAGUGAUAGCGCCAUCUGUGACGACUACGUGACCGCAUCCAGUCUCGAAUCUGCCCAGUCCAACAGUUCGGAAUCGUUGUUCCCCCGGUGUACCGGCUGCAAAAGCAAACAGUCGGAUGCUGUUGCCAAGUGUAUCGAUUGUGUGAAUUUCCUGUGUUCGAAUUGUGUCACUGCUCAUCAGUUUAUGCACUGUUUUGACGGACAUUCGGUGUUUCGUAUUGGGAAUUCGGCAUCCAGCACUGGUUCGACGACCGGCACAACGACAACAAUCGCGAACGGUGGUGUUUUGGGUGGCUUGGACGGGAGUCUAUUGGCCAACAACAUACUGAACAGCAGUAAAAUAAUGAACGGCUUCGAGCCAUCCCCGCAUCGAUUGACCUCGCUGAAUCUGACGAUCAAGGACGAAACCAGCAGUCUGGUGAAAUCCAUCAUGAAUAAUGUGAUAACACCGCCAACGUCCAACGGAACCGGUGGGGGAGUCAACAUUCCCAUUACCACCGUCAAUCAGCUCAACAGUCAACUGUCGGCCCUGAACGUCAACGGUGUCGAAAUGAACGGCCCCAACAAGCCAAACUAUUUCUGCAAACGCCACACCAACGAACUGCUCAAGUUCUUCUGCCGAACGUGCAGUGUCCCGGUUUGCAAGGACUGCAUGCUCAUGGAACAUCCGAAUGGGGUGCACGAAUGUGAACACAAUCCGGACUCGACCCCGAAACAGAUCGAAAACCUUCUGCACACCGUUAGUGAAGUCCGUGCCAAGGCAACCGAGUUGCGUGCUCUGAUCAAAAACGUUGAACACAACUCCCAGCGUAUCCAAGGACAGUACCACAAGGCACAGAGUGAAAUCACCGAAACGCAUCAGUUCUACCGUUCGAUGCUGGACGAGCGUCGGGCGGAACUACUGAAAGAGCUGGAAAGUUUCUACAACACCAAGAACAUGUCCCAAUCGGUGCUGCUAACCAAGAGUCAGGAUCAAGUCGACAAGGUACUGCAGAGUUGCGAGUUUGUCGAACGCCUUAGUAAAUGUGCCGGCCUAGCGGAGACAAUCAUGCUGCGAAAAUUCAUGGAAAACAAGCUCCUUCUCUUCCCGAGCAUUACGCAAGACCUGCAAUCAUCCUACGAACUGGACUUUGUAUCGAACUAUCAGGCAAUACAGGUGGGCGUGCGAAACACGUUCGGCUACAUCCGGUCCACCUCGGAUAUGACCUCCACGACGAAACAGCCGCCGAUUGCCCGGCCUACAUCGACAAACACGAACUGCGGUUCGAACGGAGUGAUCGGAUCGAACCUAAUCAUGACCAACGGCAACAGUCCGUCCAGCAGCACUGGCAGUUUGAACAUGAUCCAACACCAGAACCAGAUGAUGGUAAACGGAGCCAACAACGGACACCUAAUCGAUCGACAGUACUCGAACGGAAACGGCAACAGUGGAAAUGGCAUGAGCAUGUCCACGUCGCCAUCGCAAACCAAUGGUGUCGGUGGUGGUGGUGGUGGUGGUGGCGGCGGCGGUGGUGGUCUGUCAUCCUUCGAUUCCAACAUCAUUUCGAAACGUUUCAAUAGCGCCAACAGUUUGGGACCAUUUGUCGGUGAGGUGCAACCCCUGCAACCGUUGAAUCCGUACGAAAAAUGGAGCAACGGUGGCACCGACAUCUUCAAUAACAUCAACGACCAGUACACCAUUCCGCUUAAUCACAUCCCGCAGGAGUCGAUGAUUGAUCUCAGCUCGAAACUGAUGAACACGUCAAUUUUCCCACCGAAAUCGCAAAUCAAGCGACAGAAAAUGAUCUACCACUGCAAGUUUGGCGAGUUUGGAGUAAUGGAGGGACAGUUUACGGAACCGAGUGGCGUUGCCGUUAAUGCGCAGAACGAUAUCAUUGUGGCCGAUACGAACAACCAUCGGAUUCAGAUCUUCGACAAGGAAGGUCGCUUCAAGUUCCAGUUUGGGGAAUGUGGCAAACGCGAUGGUCAGCUCCUGUACCCGAAUCGAGUGGCGGUGGUGAGAACUUCCGGGGACAUCAUCGUGACCGAACGAUCGCCGACGCACCAAAUUCAGAUCUACAAUCAGUACGGACAGUUUGUGCGGAAGUUCGGUGCCAACAUUCUGCAGCAUCCACGGGGCGUCACGGUCGACAGCAAGGGCCGUAUCGUGGUGGUGGAGUGCAAAGUGAUGCGAGUGAUUAUCUUCGACCAGUCGGGCAAUGUACUGCAAAAGUUUGGCUGUAGUAAGCACCUGGAAUUCCCGAACGGUGUGGUUGUGAACGACAAGCAGGAGAUCUUCAUCAGCGACAACCGGGCCCACUGCGUCAAAGUGUUCAACUACGAGGGUCAGUUCCUACGGCAGAUAGGCGGUGAGGGUAUCACGAACUACCCGAUCGGUGUCGGAAUCAACGCCAGUGGCGAGAUUCUUAUUGCGGACAAUCACAACAACUUCAACCUAACCAUCUUCACCCAGGACGGCCAGCUGGUGUCGGCCUUGGAGAGCAAGGUCAAACAUGCCCAGUGCUUCGAUGUGGCCCUGAUGGACGACGGCAGUGUGGUGCUCGCGAGCAAAGACUACCGAUUGUACAUCUACCGGUACGUUCAAGUACCGCCGAUUGGAUUGUAAAGGGACGAGAAUCUGCGCGCCGAACCGGCGUGCGGAUCGGGCGAAUCUGGCAGAAACACAUUCGCCAGGCACCGGAAAAACCGUAAUAUGCAUGAAACGAACUGAUUGAACACAGAUAGAUUUGGGAAUUAGUGCAUGUGUGUGCGUGUGUGCGCGUAUGUGGUGUGCUCAUCGCCAAACUAUUGUAAACUAUUGUGAGUAAAGUUUCGUCAGAAGAUGAGCGAGCAAGAAGAAAAAAAAACAUUUAAAACCCAACUCUAGUCCUCGCCAUUGCUGCCGCACUUUUCCAGAGGACGUUUUAUCCGUCGUCCGUUCGACAACCAGUUUUCUGUACUGUAACUGUGCGAGUACAUGCGUGCGAUAGUGCGUGUGUGCGUGCGUGCUUGCAUGCGGUUCUCGGAUUACUCCGGAACGCAAUUCCACAGCGAAAGGAAAAAACUUCAUCUGAAACACAGAUCUCCAACGGGCAAACGACGACCGACCGGCCGCACACAGAGGCGGACAGGCGAGAACGAGACCGAACGUGUGUGUGCGCAAGAGAGAGUGUGACGGAGAGCGCCGUCGGUCGAUCCAGAAAUGGCCAAGAACGAAGACGAUGAACCCGAGAAUGUAUCUAGAGAGCGCGCAAGAAUGAACGAAAACAAAAAAAAAAACCGGAAGAACGAGAAAUGCGGCCGCUCUUGUCAUCGACGACGCAAGCUUGUUCGUUGUUGGUUCAGCCUGGCGCGGUCCGGAUAGUGUCCGGCGGCGGCGGCUGCGGCGGCGGUCGCGGGGCUGUCCAUGGUGGGCUGCGCAUAUGCAGAAUACUGUGGUGUGACACGCUUUCGCCGCCAAGAACUCUGUAGGAAACACAAAGUAGAAGCAAACAAAAAUGUGUGUUAUCAAUCUGGAAGCCAGCUGUUUACUACGGACUACGGCGGCUGUUUUUUUUUUGUACUGCGACGGCGGCGAGAGAUGGCAAGAUUUUGUGGGGCGGAAGUUGGCAAAGAAACGAAUCCAGAAUCAACAGCGGCGCGAGGAGCACACAGACUGCUCUCGCACAUAUACUCACACACACAGACAAACACACAGCUAGCGCAGCAGACGUCGGAGCCGGCCAUGCGGAAUGAAGUCAACUGUUAGAUUUCACCUUCUUCGAGCAGAACAAACCUGGCACAAGAACAGCGUUAAAUACACCAAAACGAACGCGAGGAAUGCUCCUCAGAGAAAACGAUAAAACGAUAAAAAUAAGGUACCCAAAAAAGAACUAACUAUCUACGCAAACAAUCUUAAACAAACAAACAAGCAAAACAGAAAGAGAGCCUAUCUGCCAACGUCGAUUAGCUGCAGCCGGAGGGGGAGGGGGGACGGACCGCAGUUAUCGAAUCCAGCAGGGAAGUGGGAAAAUAAGGAAAGCGAAAGUUUGUUUUCGUUAAAUUUUUACAGUGCAGUAUUACUGAAUUUUUGUUUUUGUUUUUUUUUUUGUUUUGCUCGUUUACACACGUUUUUCGUACGUAAGGCCCAAGGGUGGUAAUCCUUCAAUCAAUCAAUUGUAUAAUGUAAAGCUAGUGUUUUUUUUCGCAUCGCAGUCAUUCGACUUUUAAAUUAUACAUAAAAUUGUGGUAGUUCUUUUUUUAGUUUUGCGUGCUUUAACAUUUGAACCGCCUACGGGGAAAAACAAACAAAACAAAAACACUAUUUUGUAGAAAGUAUCUCGUUAGUGUGUAAGACUUCCGGACAAUAUUCCGUCAUCGUAUUCGUGUGUGUGUUUUUUUCGCUUACUACUCACUUUUUUACCCUAGCGGAUAGUCGUCGCCCUAUUAGUUAUCUCAUUAUUUUUAUUGUAUUUUUAUAUAUAAAAACUAUUACUAUUAUUAUUUGACAUAUUAUUGCAUUUAGAAAACGACACAUUUUUAAAUUAAUAUUAUACACCCUUUGUUGGUUAUGUUGAUUUUUGUUUUGUUAAAUUAUUACACGUAAGUUUUUGAGUUUAACGAGUUUUGACAAAACCUAUACUUGUAGUAGAGUAGCUCUGCGAGGAAACUCGAAACGCAGAAUAAUGUAUAUUUUUUAAAGCAACGAAAUUUGAGCAAUCUGUACUCUGUAAGAUCACUAUUUGAAGAACGAGGAGAAUUAUUAAAUAGAGCAAGAGAGAGAGAGAGAGACAAGCAUUUAAGCAGUGAGUGUUUUGUAAAGGCGUUCGUUCUUCUCCCGUUUUUUUUGUUUUGUUUUUGUAACAAUCAAAGAACUUAAAGACACAAAGAAGGGACAAAACAUUGCAACAACAAAAAAAAAGAAACAGUAAUAUUAAAAACAAACGAAAAAAAAGGAUCAGAGUGAACUUGAAAAACAAAAGAAAUCGUUGUGAAUCGCUCGAACUUGUUUUUGCUGUAAAUCAAACUGCCAAACACAGCUGGAAAGGGAUCACAAAGAGUUCUUUUUUUUGACAUCUACAACAAUUGUUUUAAUUUUUAUAGAAAUAAACUAGAAAGUUACUUACUUUUUUGAUUAUUUUUAAAUUAUAUGAUAUACGAUGAUUUAUUAACAAAACGAUUGAAAAAAACACAAAAAUAAAAGAAUGAGUUGUUUAGAUAAAUUUAAACAAUCUUUUUUAAUUGAACAAAAAUACAAAACGCUGGUUUUAUUUUAACACCACCAAGGCAACCGUCCAAAGCUACUUACUAACUAACUCAAAUUUCCUUACUCUAAAAAAUAUAACAGAAGCUAACACAAACUCAACUAACACUCAAAUUCUCAAGUGUGUGUGAUGGUGGUUCCGGGAAAGAUUUCGAUUCCCGUCACCCUCUGUAACUAAUCGUACUAACCGUUAUUGUCCGCUCCUAACAUUGUUCGAUUCUCCUGCGUUCCCCGUCUCGUCUUGUCGUUCGCAAAAUUUCGCACAGCCGCCGCGUGUGAGCAUUGGUGGUGUGCGCGACUGGUUUGCCAGCUGUCAAACGGCAGUCGAUCGGCGUCGAGAAAGAAAGCAAAAAAAAAAAACCGCUGAAUAAACAUGAAGCAGUCAGUCGUCAGCAACAACCAAAUAGUCAUCAUCGGGCUUGCUCCGAUCGUGCAUCCGUGGCUUUAUCGGUUUGGGUUAACUUUUAUUGAAGGCCGCCGUCCGUCCGUCCGUCCGGGUGGUGCUUUGUUGUGACGACGGUAGAUUGUGGCAAUAAUAACUGACCAUCCCCGUAAUAUAUUAUCGUCUCACGGUCACCAUCGAAGCAACCUUCGGUUUACCAGUCUCCACGUGUUCGCUUCGAAAGAAACAAAAAAAAAAUGGGGGCUCAAAAUUUGUCGUCGUUGCCGUUGCGCGUCCACCAGAGUCAAAUUUCGCCGAACCGAUCGCUUUCGAUCGAACUGAUGCGGCGGCCGGCAGAAAAGUUGGUCACUCUCGAACUGAAUCAGCUGAUUUUUUUUCCUGUGCGGCACCGCCGCCGAUUUCGGUCUUGUUUUGUGUCUUGUUGUAUGUUUCACACACAAGGACAGCCAGCCAAUUGAUUACAAGUUUGCCGGUUCGGCUGGGAACUGGAAGCGCGCAGUCAGUUCUGAGGACGUUGGGGGGGAUGUUUAGCUAGGGAACCGGAGGUAAGUGAGAAAAAUCAAAUUACAUUCGUUCGCAGUUCUAAAGUGAGAGUUGGCGGGCACCCCUCUCGUUAAGUGUUCAAUUUCUCGGAAACCACGCGCACUUUUGCUCGACCAACAACAAACCAGCGCGUCUCGUCCGCCGCAGUAGCAAAGCUGGGCGGCACUGAGGGCGACGAGCGGCGGCAGGGGUUUGCUCGGUCAGUGUGUAAUGCUAAUCGCGUCCCACAGCACGAAACACAAGCACACUGUCUUGGCUGUCUCUCGGAACACGAGGGGAGUGGCGGAAUCGUAUCGCAAUCGCAUCUUGCACUUUUGGAUUUCGAGCGGAUGCUCCGGGCAAGUACCGUCGAGUGUACGUGCGAUUUGCUAAGAAUAAUCCACACUCUCCCGGAGGAGGACGAGGAACGAUAAUCGAAACGGGCGGCGGCGGUCGACGUUGAUGGACGAACGAAGGGUUCCUCAAAUAGUGCCAAGAUUUGCUCCGGAUUUGGAAGGGAAGCGCGUGAUCAAGACGUGCUUAUGGCUGGCGAGUGUGUUUGGAAUGAUGCGUGCUUUGCUUACAAUUUAGUGUACUUAGUGUGUUUUUGCCUCGGACAGGGAUGUAACCCGGUGGGGGGAUUUUCCCCGGUUUCAAAAUCUUUGAUCCAAACCCAAAUGGUUGCAUGUCGCCAAAGUGCAGAAUUAUUAUUAUCCACUUUUGGAACUAAUUCUCGUCGUUUCCCUGUUGCAGUGAAAUAUCUUCUAACAUAACAUCUAAAUAUCAGUCGGCGACAGCUUCUUCCAACUCGGACUGCAUCCUUCACGCUUCUGGCAAUCAUCAUCAACUGGAUGCACAGCGGAAAUGUGAACAUCAAUUGCUUGUUUUAAUUAGUUCUGAGUAGCCUGUAUCACAGCACCGGUGAAGCGGUCUUGUUUUGGAUACGAGGUUCUGCGUUCGACAGUCUUUUGCCGUUUUGGUCACAAAUACGCCGCACGGCAAAUGAUCUUGGUGCUAGUAUUCGAAACACCCGGCGGAAUGGACUGGACUGACUGGAGGGUUGCAGUAAGAUUUCUAUUUUCAUUCAACAGCCUGCUCGGGAGCUAGUUUUUAAUCUAGACUCUUUUUCGCCAACAGGCAUAAAACCUCCUCUUCUUUUGCAUCAACAGAUUAUCACUUGAAAGUAUAUACCAAUAAAUAUGCAAACAGUGACAUUGAAGCAAAUUGAAAUUUUCUGUUCUAUUCAGUUAGAAUGCUAGAAUUGGUUGACGGAGAAAAGUUUCUAUAAUUUUGAACUAUGUGAAAGCUCAAAAUUCGGUGCAUGAUAAACAAAAUUGUUGGAAAACUUUUAUAAUUAUGUGCUAUUGAAUAUACUAAAACACGCUGAAAGCGUAGUUUUACCAAAACGAGUCAAAUUUCCUUAACUUUACCUCUCAUAAUAUGUACUGAAAAACCUCUGGGAAAUUCCUGUGGGGAUCAGGGCUUAGAAUUGUCACGCAUUCUCAUUGAAAGAAUCCAAUCCAACAGCCGGAUUUUCAAUUUUUACUGUCUCAUUCGUAAAUGACCGACACCCCAGAACAAACGAAGAGAGACGAAGCAUUCUCGUUUCUCAUUGAAACAAAGAGAGAGAGUAUAAUUGCCAACGUCACUCUUUCCGCUAUGACAAGACGAAGCCAAACUAUCGUCUUCAGGGAGCAUCUGCAGAAUUUCCAUUCUCAUUCUUUCAUCGAUGUAUUGAAAAUCUGUGACGCUUGGCUAUAAAAAAAGACUAAAAUAUGACAAAUCGAAGUAAUUACAUCCCAGAACCUCUUUGGAAACCAAAACUGCUACAAAUUCGAGCACCAACAGGUAACAAUUAUUGUGAAACCUUUUUCUGUCAAUUUUGAUUCUCACAGCUUCGGUUGAAUAUCGACACUGCAUACUAUGAGAUUUUCACUGAAAACCGCAAAUGACAAUUUUGAAACUACUGUCCCGCUUAUGUCAUUGACUGGACAUGGAUUUCGUUCUCAUAGUUUGCAAGCGAAGCUGAGAGUGACAGUAAUUUCUUGUCAUUUUCGUCUAUUUUGAGUCAAUGAAAAUGACUUUUAUUAGCUCUGGUGGGGAUAUCAAUAAACCGCUUGAAUUUAGUUUGAUGAAGCAGUAGUUUUUACCCAAAAUUCUUCGUUUGUCCACGAGGAAAGACGAUGGCUUUCGUGUCAAGUACACUCAAAUUUAUUUUUAUGCUGGUUUUGAACUACUUUU